AUGAGAAAUUAUCAUCAUUAAUCAUAUAAUAACUUGGUAACUCCUAGUAUAUAUAAACAUCGAAAAAGAUAUAUCGUUUCUUUAAGUGAGAUCUUGACACUUUUAUUAAUUUAAUGUGUAUAAACCAUUUAACUUUAAUAAAUAGGAUCAAGAUAUCUUAAUUUGAGAAUUUAGGUCAGUAUAAAGAUAAUGUAAUAGAUUAGUCAUGAUUUAAAGAAUUCUAUUUUUAUAGUUUAAUCCAUGACCACAUUAAUAUUAGAUUAUUUAUUUGAAUUAUCUGAAAUGGAAACAAAUUCAGUUGCAUUUUUGAAAAUAUAAUCUUGUUGUAAUUUUUUAGAGAUGGGUUUAAAAAAUGUUCAAAUUUUAUAAUAAUUCGGUUAUGAUUUUUAAGAUUUUGCUUAGAUUAAAAAGUUAAAACUAAUGAGAUUGAUACUUUGUUAGAUUUAGGAUUUUUAAAUUUAUUUUAAAUCUGAUAAAAAAAAGAACUUAUAAUUAGAUAUUUUUUCUAACUUAAUUCAUUAUCUUUAAAUAAUGAUCCUUUGA